AUGUGCGAGAGAGACCGCGGCCACCGCGACGCGGACGUGACGCCGAGCUGCUACGAGCUGGACAAGAUCCUCAACCGGGGCUGCGCGGCGUACGCGCCGUACGACCAGGUGUGGCCUCAAGUCUACAUCGGCGACGAGGCGACGGCCAAGGACAAGUUGAAACUGAAGAAGCUGGGAAUUACGCACAUCCUGAACGCCGCAGAGGGCACGUGGAACAACGUGGACACCGGCCCCGGUUACUACGGCGACAUGGCCGUGACGUACCACGGCGUGGUGGCGUCGGACAAGCCGUCGUUUGACCUCAGCCAAUACUUUUUUACCGCCGCCCGCUUCAUCCGAACGGCGCUGGCCGACCCGCACAACAGACUGCUGGUGCACUGCGUGAUGGGCAGGAGCCGCUCGGCCACGCUGUUCCUGGCCUACCUGAUGAUCGGCGAGGGCAUGACGCUGGCCGACGCCGCGGCGCACGUGAAGACGCGCCGGAGGAUCCUGCCCAACUGGGGCUUCCUCAAGCAGCUGAGGGAGCUGGACGAGCAGCUCCUGGACCAAAGGCGGGACGGCUCGGUCCGCACGACGCCUACGGGGGGGGGGGGAACUAAAGAACAACCCGAGCGUGUCAAUCAUCAUUGA